GAGUCCUAAUAACCUGUGCGUAGGUCUCAAGAUCUCCCAUUUUAAAACUAGAGGUGUUCUAUAAAUCUUUCAAGUGCUAUUCAGUUGACCCUAAUGGGCCAGCUUGCCGGCAGAAGGAACACGUCGAGCUGAUUGAGGUGAAGAUGACCUUAAGACCACGCUGGUCUCUAGUUGAGACAAAAAGAGAGUUUUGUUAGUGGGUGGGACGCCCGCCAUUUUAAAGUCUUCCCAAGGCCGGAAAUGGGCCGAUAGAAACUGGUGAGAUUCCUCAGAUUGUUUUUUCAUGCUUUGCUGGGUACUCUCUCGAUAUAUUAAAUUAUCGUUCUAAGUACAUUUGAGUCAAAGAGAGCAACGCGAACAAGACCGUAUUUUCCAUGAAGGGCAGAUUUCUCUGCAGGUGGUUUAAGCUGUCCUCCCGGAACCAUGAAGCACAGGGUCCUAGCACGGGAGGCCAGCACGGAAGCCCGAUUGUAACACCGCCACCGGGGCGGGGGGGACCCGGGGGGUUCGAGGUUCCCUGCCGGUGUGAAGCUUCUUCUGGUUUCCGCCCCUUUUCCUCUCGCUCUUUCUUAAUCCUCACCCUUCUGUCCGUUCCGGAGAGGAACCCUUUUUAAGUUUCCUGCAAGUUGAAGCGUAGGACCGAUUUCGUCGACACAAUCCGGAAUGGUCAACAUGGCGGCGGCCAUGAAAUGCGUCGGUCGAGUCUUGAUACAUCAUCAAAAGCAUAGUCUUUCGAAGAAGGUUUAUCAGAUACCUCUUUAUCCUUGUUCUGUAUAUGUUCAGGUGUCCAGCAGACAUUUUGCUGCUGCUACAAAGCCUGCAAAGAAAACAAAAAAAAGUAUGAAAGACAAAGCAUCAGAUGAGAAAAAAGAUGAGAUAGAAAAAAUAAAGUCAUAUUCCUUUAUGGAAGGUGAACCUGAGGAUGAUGUCUACUUAAAGCACCUAUAUCCAAGGCAGAUAUAUGAGGUGGAGAAAGCUAUUCAAUUACUUAAGAAAUUUCAAACUCUAGACUUUACUAAUCCAAAGCAAGGUGUUUAUCUUGAUUUGACACUGGAUAUGUCACUGGGGAAGAAGAAAAAAGUGGAGCCAUUUGCCAGUGUUCUUAGUUUUCCAUACCCAUUCAUUUCAGAAAUCAAUAAAGUUGCUGUACUUACAGAGAAUGCAUCAGAGAUUAAAAUAGCAGAAGAAAAUGGAGCUGCGUUUGCAGGAGGAACUAAUCUGAUUCAGAAGAUUUUGGAUGAUGAAAUUCAAUCAGACUUUUAUGUAGCUGUUCCAGAAAUAAUGCCUGAGCUUAAUCCAUUAAAGAAGAAGCUGAAAAAAAGAUUUCCAAAACUAACUCGAAAUUCUAUUGGCCGUGACAUCCCCAAAAUGCUUGAAUUAUUUAAAACUGGACAUGAAAUUAAGGUAGAUGAAGAAAGGGAGAACUUUCUCGAGACCAAAAUAGCAACACUGGAUAUGCAAAGUGACCAGAUAGCUGCCAAUCUGCAAGCAGUUAUCAGUGAAGUUUGUAAGCACAGACCACUCAGUUUGGGACCUUUCGUGGUACGAGCUUUCCUUCGUACUUCAACAAGUGAAGGUUUAUUACUAAAGAUCAAGCCAUUGUUGCCUAAAGAAGUAGAAACCGAAGAAAGUAACAAAGAAGAUGCGUAAAAAAUGUUAUAUUAUUAAAUUAUUUUCAGUGGAUUAAGAAGCAACAGAGAAAAUUAUAAAACUGUAUAAUUUCUAUAUUUGGUGUCUUGUUAUUUCUCAGUCAUCGUGUUUGACAGUGAAUUUUAACACUUGGAAAAUCUUACAACAACACUUUCCAAAAUAAGCAAAUAAAAUUUUCUCUCUCUGAACCUA